AUGAAAGAGGGAGGCAGAGCUCUAGCUAAACCUGUAUCGGAAAUCAUCAUGGAAGAAACGCUAAAGCGAAAAGAAACCCUCUCGGAGCUCAGCUCAACACGUAGUGUUGACGCUAAUAGGCGGAAGCUCAAAGCCUGGGCAGAAAUUCAGGACACAGUCCUGCUUCAGUGCAGGAAAUUGAUGUCCAUAGCCCAGAUAAAACGGGUCUGGAGAGGGCGAAAGACGCACGUGCGGGACGUACUGUUAAGAGAAAAAAGAUACAGGAGCGCAACCGGAGGCGGCUGCGACUUCAGCCUAGAACGAGAUCUAGCUAAGGCCUCUGCUUCCUUGACUGAAGCCGAGAUCAAGCUGGCCCGGUGUCUUGGAAAAGAGGCUGUGAUGUGUGGCCUCGGCCACAUGGAGACUUUUGUAGAUAGGGGGUUGAUAGCGAUUCUAUGGAUUCGAUGGAGGCGAAAGGACGCGAAGCUGGUGGGCGGGCAGAAAGAAGGAGUUUACAGCGAUUCCACGGAAUCAGCUUUGGAGGGCAAUUUCAAUGGCUGGAGGGAUGGUGGGCGGGCAGCUAGAAGGAGGGAGGAGGACGGAGGAAGAGAGAGGAGGGUUCCGUCUGAUUCAAAGGACUCGUGUAAUAUGCAAAAGCGUCGACUUGGAGAGCUUAGUGACGCCUCCUUGGAGGAGUGUGAAAUCGAGAGGGUGGGUGGGCUGCCACAACGAUAUGCUGAGGAAGAGGGGAGGGAGGGAGGGGUAAUCUCCUCACCUCCGCAUCACUCCAGACGAACUGGAACGUAUACGCCGAAAGAGGGUGUUACAGCAGCUUGA